CAGGUCCGGAUCUGACGCGGCUCCGACGCGGUCCUCCGUCCCGGGGCGACUCUCAGCGCACUUCCAGCCGCUCUCCGACGCUCCUCUCCGCUUUCUUUCGCUUCUAUUUUCCACCCUGCCGGCGGAGCGGAGGCUGGAGUUCUGAAUGGUUCCCCCGCCGGGACCGAGCAGCCAGAGGAGGAGGGGGCAGUUUGCGGGGUCGUGCGGGGUUUGUGCGGCUCGCUGUUAUAAGCGGAGCUGAGCGGGACGGACGCGCACUUUCUCCAAACUUUUCUCUGCGCGCCGGGACUACAGAGGUUGGAAAUAUAAAAGGGGGAAAGUUGUCUCUUUUGUUUUCUGCCGGGACUGCAACUUCACUCCGGAGGACUCACUUUUUUUGUGUGUGUGAUUUAUUUUAAGUUCAACCUUCACCUGAAACAACUUUUUCUUGGAGCUGACGCGCAUCGCCUUUCACCUUCUAAACAAAAUGGAUAAAUACGAGGAUUUAGGACUGGAGGCGAGUAAGUUUAUCGAAGAUUUAAAUAUGUAUGAAGCGUCCAGAGACGGUUUGUUCCGGAUGAGGAGGGAUGCGGGGAAUAACCCGGACUUUGAGGAGACGCGGAGAGUGUUCGCCUCUAAAAUGACUAAGAUCCACAUGCAGAAGCAGCAGGAGGAGAUGGCGAAGAACAGCCAGGCCAUCAGGAUGAACGGAGGUCACGGCGGCACACUUUACACCAAGGACCGGCCGCCCAUCAACAGCUACAGACAGCCGGGGGAGGCGGCGGCGAAGCCCCCGAUCCUGUCUGGCCCGGUGGCGAGCGCCGCCGCCGGGGGCCAGCACGCGCAGCCGGACGGGCAGAAGCAGCACGCGGCUGUGCAGCCCGACGUCCCGGCCGCCCGGGCGCACGGCUACGGAAACAGUUACGAUCAUAAAGAGCGUCUAGAGCCGCUCUCGCCCCAGCACAGCGCCCCUUCCCCGCCCAGUCCUGGAAACCAUUGCGCGCCCACACAUGCCCGUCAUCCGGCGGCCUGGAGCCCGUCCCGGGAGAGCCAGCUCCCCCCGGCCCUGUCUGGGUCACCGGGCAGCGGGGCGUCUCAUCAGCGCCUGCCAGAGCUUUCCACCAUCAACAGUCUUCCGUCCCUGCAAACCCAGGGUGUCCAGGCGGCCGCCAGCCCCCCCUCCUCUGCUGGACCCACCAGGAGGUGGGCAGAGGAGAGCUCUGGCUCACCAAAGCCGGACCCCAUCCCGGCCCUGCCUCUGAGCGCCUUCACAGGAGGAGCUGACUUCCAUGUGCACCAGCCUGCGGCUCAUUAUCCGACUUCCAAACCCUCUCCCAGCCACAACGGCCUCGUGGCGGCUUCCUCUGUUCCACCUGCAGCCUCCGAGAAGUCCCAGCCCAAAGCCCAGUCCCCCGCCCGGAGCCCGGCCGCCGUCCCCAAGAGCCUCGGCCAGGGUCAAGGUCAGAGCCAAGGGCCCGCCGGCAGACAGGCCGAAGUCCCCUGCUCCCCUAAGCCGGUCCAGCUCGCCUGCCAGUCCCUGACCACCCAGCCCCCUGAGCAGGAGCAGGGCCCUUCAGCAGCUGAAAUGAAAUUAGAAGCCCUCACUAAGCGGCUGGAAAAAGAGAUGGAUGCCCAACCAAAGGCGGACUACUUUGGAGUCUGUGUGAAGUGUAAUAAGGCCGUGCACGGAGCCAACCAGGCCUGCCAAGCCAUGGGGAGCCUCUACCACGACAACUGUUUCACCUGUAGUGCCUGCAGUCGGAGGCUGCGAGGUAAAGCUUUCUACUAUGUCGGAGGGAAGGUCUUCUGUGAAGAGGACUUCCUGUACUCUGGAUUCCAGCAGUCUGCUGACAAGUGCAACGCAUGCGGACAUCUAAUCAUGGACAUGAUCCUGCAGGCCCUCGGGAAGUCGUACCACCCCGGCUGCUUCCGCUGUGUCAUCUGUAACGAGAGCCUUGAUGGAGUGCCCUUCACCGUGGACACUGAAAAUAAGAUCUACUGUGUCAAAGACUACCACAGGGUCCUCGCUCCUAAAUGUGCUGCCUGUAACCAGCCCAUCCUUCCUUCAGAGGGCUCUGAUGAAACCAUUCGAGUUGUGUCCAUGGACAAAGACUACCAUGUGGAAUGUUACCACUGUGAGGACUGUAAGAUGGAGCUGAACGAUGAGGAGGGUCACCGCUGCUACCCUCUGAACGGCCACCUCCUCUGCCACUCCUGUCACCUGAAGCACAUCCAGCCUGGCUGCCCCUCUCCUGUAGCUGCUACCUCCUCCGCCUACUAACUGCUGCGUGGGACGUGGGAGACACCUGGUGGACGCCAGCAGGACACUGCCCGAGCUGGAGCGGAUAUUUACAAUUCUUGUUGUAGAGGGUUGAUUUAGUUCAAUGCAUCACGUGCUACUAUUGUUUGAUGCAUUUUUUUUUCUUUUUUGACAGGAAAUUUAAUGAAGUGUCCUUAUGGGUCUGACCCAGUGAUGAAGUAUUGUGAUAAACCAAAGCCAGUUAUUUGAAUGGAUUGAAGAGUUGCAUACUGACUUUGAAGAAGUGUCUCUUUAUGGUUAUUUUUACAGAAAUAUCAGUUGCAUUGGCUGUGUAAAUAUCAUACAGUCUGCUCAUUUUAGAGGAUGUGUGCCUUCUACUUUACAAUUCUACCGAGAAGCUUUGAUUCACUGCACGAAUCAAUGCAAUGAUUUACAGAGAGUACAUGGCAUCAACAAAUCACAGGUACCUUUCACUCAGAUACGAAGGAUAAUCUGCUCCGUCAUUCACUGAGAUGAAGAAUAUGCAAUGUUCGUAGGAUUCUCACAAGAUGUUCUGCAUCACGAUUAUCUCCACACUGGAAGUAGCAUGACUCCUUGAACACAAUUCUAACUGAUGUGUAUUAAGAUGCAGGAGAAGGGUUUCUUUUUUUCUCUGUUAUAGUCAUUGACUGUGGUGUAUACAAACUGUUCAUUUUCCUUUCAAGUUGAUGAUCUGCAUGUUUGGGAAUUCCACAGUAGAUUCUCAAUCUGUACACAGUCAAACUUGGAACUUUGCAAACUGCAAUAAAUUAUAACAAACUAAUACUCAUUAAUUUAGCUGCCACAUAGCAACAUCAAACAGCCUCCAUCAGCUACACCUCUCUGAGCUGGGGGUCAGCUCUAAACUUUCUGGAUCACUUCAUUUUUACAUUAAUCUGGGCACACAUGGAUCUGUUGUUUGUCUCAUACAGUCUGUUCUUGGCACUUACAGAUAGCAAUGUGAUUUUUUCUAUGCACCCACUCAGACCUUCAAGGCCUAUCGUUAUGUCAGUCUUUUAUUACGUUGGCAAACAUGUUUUAAAAAAAUAUUUAUAUUAAAGGUAAUCAUUACCUGUUACACUUAUCAUUUGCCUUAGUUUUGUUUUAAAAUUUGCUGUAAGUCUGAUUAAUUGCUAAUUUGAUUUGCUCUGUGAAGGACAAUUUUGCUCUCAUACCUUUGAAAUCCAAAUGUUCCUAUGUUGUCUCGUCUGGAGUUUACUAACUUAAUACUUUAUUGCUUGUCAUUUAAAGCCCUUAUUCCAUAGCCAACUGUAGAGUCAAUUAAAAGGCAUAUAACUAUGUGCUGUAUGACUGUUUGAAAGAAAAUAUUUAAUAAAGAAAACAUUG